CAAAUUGUACCUCCCCCCCUCGAAAAACAUGACAAUCUCGCGAUAACGUUCGCCCUAGCAACAUCACGGCGCGGCCUACUUUAAAAAAAAAGUAAAUAAUGUGAUACGAAUCCGUCCUAAAACUCAAUACAAACGCAACAUUCCAAGAACAUUAUUUAUUGAUGAAAAUGAGCGAGAACGGCACGAUCAAGGUGGCGUCGGGUCAGGGAAGUGCGGUGGCCCCUGCGCCCCAACCCAGCCCCACUAAAGCCUGGGUGCAGUUUGACGAGGAGAAAAACGAAGUUAAAGAUCGAAAAGUCGAGGAAAAAAACAGCGCGGCCGUUAUAUCCACGGAGAGCGUGCAAGUCGACUUGGAGAGAUCCCUGAGCAAAAGUCUGGACGGUAAGGGGGCCACUCCCGAGCCCAAGACGUUGAGGAACGUCGAGUUACCGGUCGCGACGGUGGAGCCCAUCAGGCAAGGUUUUUCCAAUGGUGAUAUUAUUGUUACCCUUUUGCCAGUUAACACAAAAUUACCGUGGAUUACUCCGGCACAAUUUAGACCGGAAUUAGUCCCGGAAGAACUAAUGGCCCAAGGUCUUACACUCACUGUGGAGGAGUACGUCCAAGCAAUGGAGCUCCUAGUAAACGACGUACGUUUCACAAUGUACAACGUCUGCUAUAAGAGAGUUCUAGUGGUGUGGAUAACGCUAGCUUUCUUCGUACUAUUAGGCCUCUUAUUCUCGGGCCUAACCGGCCUAACUCUUUUCGGCCUGGGCAUAGGCUGGCUAGUGAUGAACGCUGCGGCUAUAUUCAUGGCGAUGUACAUGAAGUUCAGGUUGUCGAGAAACCUGGAAAGGUGCCUGGCGCACGUCAACAAGCAGCUACUCAGGCACAAGAUCGUCAUUGCUCUGGACGACAGAGGAAAGAUAUCCUGUCACAAGGUUAACUUGUGUUUUUUGUAUAUGGACUCGGCCCCGUGUGUUUCUCAACUGCAAACCAGCAUAGAGCUACAAGAAAGGGACCCUAACAACGGCUGGGAGCAGAGGAUGGAUAUCACUGCGAAUGAUAUUGUUAUACAGGGUAGCAGAACCACAAGGCUGUCCAGAAAACAGGAAAGGGCCGCUCUGUUGUACCUGCGUUACUUGUCGCGUUGGGGGCGGGAGCGGGUCAGGGGGCGGCUGGCGAGCCCCCCUGUCACCGGCGGACGCCACUGCCCCUCGCUACAGUGCCCCUGCCAAUUUAUAGAGGACCACCUGCACUGUAAACCGCAAGGCAAGUUAACCUUCAAAAGCUUUUUUUUUCUGCCCGAUCAAACGAACAGCGGCAACACCUGUUGGGGCCUAAUUUAAAAAAAUUUUUUUUUUUGCUUUUUGUUUUUCAAUAAGUUAAAAAUGAGUCAAAAAAAUAAAUAAUAAAUUACAUAAAACAAUAAGUAAAAAAGUCAUAAGUUUAAAACAAAAAAAAGACUUGUUUUGGACACCAAAAGUUUUAAAAAAUUGAAAAGGAAAAAAAAAUAAUGCCUUUCUUCCUUACUUUUUUUCAUAUUUUAUUUUCGAAUAGUUCAAAAAAGUCCGAAAAAAAGGUAAAAAAAAUAAAAAAAACAAAAAAGUUUCACUUUUUUAGUUUUUUCCUUUUCGGACACAAAAAGUUAAAAAAGAAAUCCAAAAAGGAAAAGAAUAAAGGUA